GAGCUCACAGAGCUGAUCAAAAUUCUCUCUCAUUUCAUCUUGGAUUCAUUUAGAGCCUUCCAGCAGAGAUAACCAUGGAAAUGGACCCUAUUAAAGUAUUACAAUGAUCGGCAUUUUACAGAAACAGUUCUGGACAUUUAACACUGAAGAUGUCAAUAAGAUUAUGCUAAACAAAACACGGAGGAUACAAAGGCAGAUUCAUAUAUUAAGGAAAUGGUUUGCAACACUUUAAAGCACAUUCCUCCUAUAUAUGCCUUAUUUCAUGAUUGCUGGGGUAAAAAGAUUCAAUAAAUUGAAUAUUAUCCAUGGUCUCCAAUUAACCUCUGGAAAUGCCUGGGAGCACAUCCACAUCCUCAGUGCUUGCAAAAGGCUUUCAGUAUGGUCCUUCAACAUGGUCAAUGGCAAAAGACUAUGAGAGGUAUGGAAUAGCAGGAAGCAUGAACGUGACCGGGGAUGAGCAAAAAAAACUGGAUGUGUUGUCCAAUUCUCUGGUUAUCAACAUGCUCCAGUCCUCCUACAGCACUUGCGUCCUGGUCUCUGAGGAGAAUAAAGAAGCAAUAAUCACUCCAAAAGAAAAGAGGGGUAAAUAUGUGGUGUGCUUUGAUCCACUAGAUGGCUCUUCCAAUAUAGACUGUUUAGCCUCAAUAGGAACAAUAUUUGCAAUUUAUAAAAAGACCUCUGAAGAUGAGCCUUCUGAAAAAGACGCCUUACAACCUGGACGCAACAUUGUCGCUGCAGGCUAUGCUCUGUAUGGCAGUGCAACGCUGGUUGCCCUUUCAACAGGGCAAGGAGUGGACUGCUUUAUGUUGGAUCCGGCUCUUGGUGAAUUCAUUUUGGUGGAAAAAGAUGUGAAAAUCAAGAAGAAAGGAAAAAUCUAUAGUCUUAAUGAAGGUUAUGCAAAGUAUUUUGAUCCUGCUGUGACUGAGUAUUUACAAAAGAAAAAAUUUCCUGAGGAAGGAAUAUCUCCUUAUGGAGCCAGAUACGUAGGCUCCAUGGUAGCUGAUGUUCACCGUACCCUGGUGUAUGGUGGGAUAUUUUUAUAUCCAGCUAACCAGAAAAGUCCCAAAGGAAAGCUGCGGCUCUUGUACGAAUGCAACCCCAUCGCUUUUAUCAUUGAACAGGCUGGAGGAAUAGCUACUACAGGCACAGAGGCGGUGUUGGAUGUAAAGCCAGAGUCUAUUCAUCAGAGAGUCCCUUUCAUUGUCGGUUCUCCCCAGGAUGUUCAAGAAUACCUUGCAUUUGUACAGAAACACCAGAAAAGCAGCUAGUGCAGUGGUGGGAUUCAGCCAGUUCGCACCAUUUUGGCAGAACCGGUAGCUACUUUUUUGUUGCCCAGGCCCAGAAUGGACUUUCAGAAGCGGCAUUCACACAGAGAACUGGUUGUUCACAUAUUUGAAUCCCAUCACUGCGGUAGUGGCCCUCUAAAGUGCCCCAUCUAUUUGCGUUUGCAUUAGGCUCUGAAAAAAUAUGAAGCUACAAAGUGAAAGGAAUGUCCAGUCUGAUGAUCACAAUAAGAAAGGCAUUUUUCCCCUAUAUUUUUUUUUAAAAUCCUUCCUUUAAAUAAAAAUAUCAAGUUGAACAUUUUUAAAGAAAAAACAAGAAUAAAACAAGGAUCUUUUUGAAUGAAUUGAGUACCAUUUUUUCUCAGACAAGCUUUGCAUGUGGAAGUUCACUCCUCGUGUCUAGCAUCAAGUCAGCUAAAUAAUCAACUCCCACAUUGUCCUCUCUUGUGACCUCUGGGGUAAUGGGUUUCUCUCUCCAUUUAGACUUGAGCAAAACAAUAAAAAAAAAUUUUUUUUUUCCUAAAUGUAUGUCGACUCUGUUGGGAAUUUUGCAUCGCCAGCCUGGCCUAAAUCUAUACAAAUUAAAAUGGUUUUUCAUUAUU